AUGGCUAUGUUUUCAAACCAGAUGACUUCAACUCCUUUCUCGGUGAAAGACAUACUGAACUUGGAGCAGAGCGAGGAUAUGGUGUCCCUGGAUAUGUCGCCCAGGCUGGACACAGCCCUUCCCACCUCCUCCUGCAUGUUGGCCAAAUUCAAGCAGGAGCCUUUCCUAGAGAUGCCAGCCGGAGUUUCUCUCUUUAGCGAAGACGACAAUGACGCCAAAGCUAACAAAAACACCUCGCUGAACUUCGCCGCUGCCUUUUAUGGGAAGAACUUCUUAGAAAUGGAUAUUGUCAAGGAGGGGAAGACGGACGAGGCGUUCGAAGAAAAAGAGAGAAAAGAUAUAUAUCCUUCACAAGAUGAACCAGGGGAAGAAGUUAAACCUGAGGACUCGGACCGGCCCAAACAGAGAAAAAGGCGAAAACCUCGGGUUCUGUUCUCCCAGGCGCAGGUAUACGAGCUGGAACGGCGCUUCAAGCAGCAGAAAUACUUGUCUGCACCCGAGCGAGAUCACCUGGCUAACGUGCUGAAGCUCACCCCAACCCAGGUGAAGAUCUGGUUUCAGAACCGCCGCUAUAAAUGCAAAAGACAGCGCCAGGACCAAACGCUGGAGAUGGUGGGAAUCCCUCCGCCCAGGCGCAUCUCUGUACCCGUUCUGGUUCGGGAUGGGAAGCCAUGUCUGGGAGACGCAUCAACCUAUAGCACUUCAUAUAACGUGGGCAUUAACCAUUUCACCUACAACACUUAUCCGACUUUCGGCAAUUACCCGAGCUCCGGGUGUAACACAAACUAUACAUGCAACUACCCCGCUGCCAGUGCCAUGCCAUCACUUCAGCCCUCACCAACCAACAGCAGUUACAUGAAUUUCGGAGUAGGGGAUCUUAAUAACGCCCAGAACACGUUUCAGUCCAACAGUGGUGUAUCAUCUCUACAUGGUAUCCGGGCGUGGUGA